AUGGCUCUGAAAGCACAUAAAAUUUUAAAUCAAAUUUUACAACAAGAGGGUUCUUUACCUUUUGAGAAUAUUUGGUCGUCAUCUCCUUCUUCAAGUGAUUUUGAUAGUCAAAUAAAUGAAAUAGAUGACAUUUGGAAAGAAUAUAAAGAUUUUUGGAAUUUCUUCAAAAAAACGAUGUUCCAACCUCAUCUAAUGGAUGAUGAUAAAUCUCAAAGAAAACUCUUGUUGUUUGAACAUAUAGUAAGUGUGUUAGAAGUUGAUAUAAAAUUAAAACAAGAAAAUUUAUCUUCAACAAUAUUUUUACAACUUAUUCCAAACAAUUAUGGAGCCCAACAACGUACAACAAACAUUAAAACUCCUGUUGAUAUAUUAAUUUCAAUAUUUGACAAAGAUGAAAUAUCUAAAGAUUUUGUAAACAUGAUCCAAAGAUUAUUAGAUUUGAUGAUAAUUCUUUCAUACUCUGAACAUAUUUGCUCUAAAACUUUGACAACUGAGAUAUACUUGAAAUCCAAGCAUCUUGAUUCAUCAAAAUUCCAAUUAUUUCUUCAAACUUUAAUAUCAAACACCUUUAAAGCAAAGUUGCUUGAUUUAGCAUUAUCCAAUGCAGAUAUUAACUCAGCUGGUCGUAAUUAUCGACACUUGAUAAAAUCACAAUUAAGUUUAUCAAAAAUAAUUAAUGUUUAUUUUGAUUCAAUUCCAUUUAAAAAAACCAAAAAAGGUGAUAUUAUGUCUGAUUUAGCAUGGAGACAUUAUUAUAUGCUAUAUUGGAUCCUUCAAAGUUACAUUUCUUCAAAAAUCAUACGAGUUAAUAAUUGCAUUAAUAAUAACCGUAAUACUAGAAGGAAUAGCGGUGAUGAUUCAAUAAUGAUGAUUUGUGGAUUAGAUGAUGAAGAAUAUGAAUUAGUGAUUAAUAACACAGUGGUCAACAAAAUCAACAAUUUGCAAGAAUCAAUCAAGAAAAAUAAUAUCAUUAGUUCAGGUAUAAAAUUUCAAGUACAAUUUUUAUUGGAAAUGCUCAGUUUGAAUAUUGAAAGUCUUAAAUUGCUGUGUAAGCGAGGGAAACAUGAUAAAAAAGAUGGGAACAUACUAAUCCAACAACAUCCAACAGACGAAUUAGAAGACAUUACAGAUAAUGAUAAUGACGAUGAUGAUCCAACUGCUAACGUGUCUGAAAUAGAAGAAGACUGGGAGGAACUUGUUGAGCAAUUAGAGCAAAUUUUAUUUGGGUAG